CACCUUCCCCCACCGCCGGCUUCCGGCGACCGCCGCUCGCCGGCCUAUCGGUGAUGGAUCGCACGUCCGCUUGAUGGAUCCCUCGGCGGCAGAGCCCGGGCCACCACGGGCUGCCGCGAGCGUUGGGGCAGAGCCAGCGGAGGGCAGCAGGCGGCGGCGCGGGGCUGCUGUCCGCGGCGUGCUCGGGGUGGCCUUCCCCAUCGCGGCGUCAUUCCUCUUCUCCUUUCUCGUCGGCAUCGCGGGCCUCGCCCUUGGCGGACUCUCAUCCACCGCAUCUGUCUCCAUGCCCUCCACUUGCCGCAUCCUCUCCACUGGCGUGGACAUCCGGUCAUCCAAGAUUUGCGAGCUUGGACUGUUGAACUAUAGAGCUAAGCAUGUAUUUUACCCCUCAAGUAAUCGAAGAUUCCGCUGCCAUGAUGACUACUACUGGGCAUCAGUUUUCGAGGUUGAAUACACAGAAUAUUUUUCUGGCCAAACAUCUUAUGCAAUGGCAGAGGCUCCAAAAGAGGCUCUUCCUCACAAUUGCCGGCCUGAUUUUGGUGCAGCAUGGUCAACAACAGCAAAGUUCAAGGUCAAUGAAUCAUACAGUUGCAGAUACACGUUAGGGAGUACCAAAGCUGACGUUUAUCCGGACAAGCUAUUCAAUUGCACUGCUGAGGAACCUUCAAUAGUUGAAAUGCUGAAAAGGAUAUUUGUAUUGUUUUCAAAGUCCUACAUGUCAAAAGAUUUCAGUUCAGGACGGAUGCUUGGAUAUGUAGCAGCAGGGGUUGUGGCUGGCAUGCUGAGUUCUCUAGUCAUCACUAUAGUACUACGAAGCUUCCGAGGAGCGUUCCUCGGUGCUGUCAGGUGGGCUGUAAGCAACCAUAGCAUCAGGGUGUUUGCUUAUCGUUUUAAGCGAGCUUGUCUUCUUGUGGCAUAUGUAUCUUUUGUUGGCUGGAUUACUUUGCAGUACAGCAAAAUGAUUGGGUUGAAAGAACUUCUAUUAGAUUACAAACUCAUGGAGAGGUUCAUGUAAAAUGUACAUCUUCUCGGCAUUGUAUAUUGUAUGAGCCGAUUCUGGUCCUCGAUGAAACAGUUUUUUGUUUCAUUCGAAUUCCUCUGAUGUAACUUAUCUUGUUUUGCUACGGUAUGGUGCCAGGAAUGCCUAAUACUGCUGCUCUUUUCAUGGCAGCAUGGCAAAUGUAUUCCAGGUAGAUCAAUCGUGUGGUAGCUACAGCACAUGUGCAACCCUCAUCUGUUGAAACUUGACAUGUAUCCACUUCCUGAUCAUCAUAUUUUGAGACUUUA